AGCGUUCAUUUUCUACACUUCACACAGCGCCGAGAAGACAUCGAAGGUUCUUGCUUCAACAGUGAUUGAACGGAACUUCAUCUUCCAAGCCGAAAUAUCUGAACAUUCCGGAAUUCGUAUUUCUACCUUUACUUCAACACUACUAGCAAAAUAGUCAGAAUAUAUUUUUUUAUCUUACGUUUUUGAUAAGAAAACAACCAGCCAAAAUGGAGUCUCAGAUCCGCCAGAACUACCACCGCGAUUGCGAAGCUGCUAUCAAUCGCAUGAUCAACAUGGAGCUUUUUGCGUCUUACACCUACACUUCAAUGGCCUUCUACUUCUCCCGUGACGAUGUGGCUCUCCAAGGAUUCUCAAAGUUCUUCAAGGAGAACAGCGAUGAGGAGCGCGAGCAUGGCGACAAGCUCAUGUCUUUCCAGAAUCAGAGAGGGGGACGCAUCUUCCUGCAGGACAUCAAGAAACCAGAGAGAGAUGAGUGGGGCAGCGGACUGGAAGCCAUGCAGUGUGCCCUGCAGCUGGAGAAGAACGUCAACCAGGCCCUUCUCGACCUCCACAAGGUGGCUUCUGAUAAGGGAGACCCACAUCUGUGUGACUUCCUGGAGACCCACUACCUGAAUGAGCAGGUGGAGGCCAUCAAGAAGCUGGGAGACCACAUCACCAACCUCACCAAGAUGGACGCACACAACAACAAGAUGGCCGAGUACCUGUUUGACAAGCACACCCUGGGGAGCCAGAGCUAAACUCUCUAGCCCACAGACAUCAGCUUCAUCCUAUUUUGGCAAUGAAUAGAGAAGUGCAUCUGUUUUACUUUGGCAGUACAAUGUUCGCUAUCAUUUCUGCCUUAUGUUUUUCACUGCCUUGCAUGUUGUUUCAAGCAUUUGUUUUGCUUUAAUUCCUCUGAUGCAAGUGACUGAUUAAACAUUUUGAGCUGGA